UGUGCGCGGCGUGUCGCACGCUCACGUGUGCCGGUGCCCCACGUGCCUUCGGCGUCGCCUUCCCCACAGCUGCUUCCUGUGACCCCCCCCGACCGCCAUGGUGAACCCCGGCCGUGGGGCGGCAGCACUGAGGAUGUCGCAGCCCCUGGAGGUGGAGAAGGCGAGAGCGGAGCCGGGGGAGCGCACGGACACAGAAAGAAAUGGACCAGACACGAGCCAUCAGGUUAAAGCCGAGGAGGAGCUGCCCCCCCCCACGCAGCCCCCCCUGCCCCAGCUGAUGUUGGGGGGCUCCCAGCUGGCCGGGCUGGCGGCCCUGGUUCCGGCGCAGCAGCAGCUGAUGCUGCACCGCGCUCAGGCGCAGCUUUUGGCGGCGGCGGCGGUUCAGCACCAAAGCGGCUCCGCGGCUGCGCCCCCCCCCGCCGAAGGGACCCCCCCGCAGCUCGCGCUGUCCCAGCCCAUACAGAUCACCGCGCAGGACAUCCAGCAGCUCCUCCAGCUCCAGCAGUUGGUGCUCGUCCCCGGCCACCACCUCCAGCCGCCCCCCCAAUUCCUGCUGCCGACCCCCCAGCAGGGACAGCAAGGGCUGCUCCCCACCCCAAACCUCUUUCAGCUACCUCAGCAAAACCCGGGGGGGCUCCUGCCGAACCCGCCCCGGGGGGGGCUGCCAGCACAGCCAGCGACUCGCCCGGGUCUCCCCGAGUCCCACCUCCCCGCCGGGGCCCCCCCAAAAUGCCUGGACCCCCCCCCGCCCCCCGAGGAACCGAGCGACCUGGAGGAGUUGGAGCAGUUCGCUCGGACCUUCAAGCAGCGGCGCAUUAAGUUGGGCUUCACCCAGGGUGACGUGGGUUUGGCCAUGGGGAAGCUCUACGGGAACGACUUCAGCCAAACGACGAUCUCGCGCUUCGAGGCGCUCAACCUCAGCUUCAAGAAUAUGUGCAAACUCAAACCGCUGCUCGAGAAGUGGCUCAGCGACGCCGAGACCAUGUCGGUGGACUCCACCCUGCCCAGCCCCAACCCCCUCAGCUCCCCCAACUUGGGGGGCUUCGAGGGUCUCCCCGGACGCCGACGCAAGAAACGCACCAGCAUCGAAACCAACGUCCGCUUCGCUCUGGAGAAGAGCUUCCUGGCGAACCAGAAGCCCACCUCGGAGGAGAUCCUGCUGAUCGCCGAGCAGCUCCACAUGGAGAAGGAGGUGAUCCGCGUGUGGUUCUGCAACCGCCGCCAGAAGGAGAAACGCAUCAACCCCUGCGGCGCCCCCGGGCUGAGCCCCCCCGGAAAGACCCCCGCCUACGGCCCCCAGGUCGGCAGCCCCGGUGUCGCCCUCGCGCCCCCCCCGGCCUGUGCCCCCCUCAGCACAACGGUGACUACCUUGUCUCCGGGCGGGGGGUCGCUGCCCCCCCCCCGGGCGCUGUGGGGGGGCCGGGGCGGUGCCCCCCCCCGCCACGCCGCCCCCCCCCACCACCAGCACCACCCCGACCCCCCCGAGCGGCCCCCACGGCCCCGUCGGCCUCGCGGGGUGAGUUUGGGGGGCAGCUCAGUGCUUGGGGUGCCCGCGGGGUUAAACCCGGCGCUCAUGGCCACCAACCCGCUGGCCACCAUCCAAGCUCUGGCCGGUGGUGGAAGUCUCCCCCUUUCCCUUGAGCCGGGGGGGCCGCUGGUGUUGGGGGGCGGCGCGGGGACCCCCACCCCCCCCGCCAUGGUGCCCCCCCCGCUCUUCCUCAACCAAGGGGGGCCCCUCCCGCUUUUGGGGACCCCCCCGUCUGCUGUGGGGUUGGUGCCGAUUGGGAUCGACCCCUUGAUUUGA